AUGGAAACGCCGAACUAUCGACAUUAUCCUUCUUUUACCCAAAUCGUUCGCGCCAUAACACCUUGCUUUAACCGGGUUUUCUGCUAUUUUUUUAAAAGCACCACCACCGAAUAUCCAAAACGUCUCGUUCGAAUUUGCCGGGCUGCGUCCUUAUUCCGCGAUUCCGUUGUAACCUUUUUUAAAAAUAACCAACUUGCCGUGGAAAUAGGUUUUCGGCAAAUCUCUUUAUCGAAAUCGAUAUAUAAGGAAUAUUCUUCUGUGGGUCUGGACGCUGGUAUUAAAAAUCUGGAUAUCCGGUGUACGUAUGGGAACGCCAUUUUCGGUAAGGCCUUAUUAUUAGAGGCCAGGGGAUACCAGUCGGUCGAAGAAACCCUUUUUAAAUUCCGUUUUUUUACAGGGAUCUCGACGUUGGAAAAAUAUAUAUUUGUCGAAUCCGAAUUGUUUUUAACGAUAAGUCUACGCCACGAGGGUAAAUUUAAAAAGGCUGGCGAACGUUUUUUUGGUUUGUUUAACAAAGUUUAUCCCAAUAAUCUUAAAAUUUUUUUAAUUUGGAACGAAAUCCAGUACGAGCUAGGAUUUAUUUCCCAAGCUACCAAUUUCCUAGUUUCCGAAUAUUUAUUUUUUCGAUUUAAUCCGUUCUCCUCCGGCGGGAAACGAUAUUUUUUGGUAAUUGUAAAUACUUACCUUAUAGAAAUAUUGUGGGAAAAAUAUAAAAAUAUGACGGUUAACUUUCGCUUUUUUUCGGCGGCAGAGUUAAUUUUCUCGAACUUUCGCGACUUGCCUUGUUUAAAUAUAUUAACUAAUUACUUACUUUUCGCUGUAUUUUCAGGAUUUGGCAUGAUAAAUUUGAUGCGGUUAGAGUGGGUUGCGGUAUUGUCCUAUUGGGAAAAAGCAGUUAACGUCGCUAAUUAG